AUGGCUGUGGGCAUUGAACUUCCAAAACAUUAUAUGAAAAAAGAAUGGUUAACCAUGUUUAUGCUUUUAAUACCUACUAUGCUCUUUAUGUGGUUAGUGAGUGGAUUAUUUAUUUGGUGGUUAAUUCCACCUAUUAAUUAUCUUCAUUCUCUUGUUAUUGCUGCGUGUGUUUGUCCAACAGAUCCUAUUUUAGCAAAUUCAGUAGUAAAAGGCAGAUUCGCAGAAAAACAUGUUCCUGCUCAUAUUAGAAAUGCAUUAUCAGCAGAAAGUGGCGCAAAUGAUGGAAUGGGUUUUCCUUUUCUUUUUUUGGCUUUAUUUUUAUUAAGUGAACCAAAAGUAGGAACGGCGAUUGGAAAAUGGAUUUACAUCACUCUUCUAUUUCAAAUUAUACUCUCUUGUAUUAUUGGAUUAGUAGUUGGAUAUAUUGCAAGAAAGAUAUUGCAAUGGUCUGAAAGAAAUCGCUUGAUAGAUAAACCUUCUUUUCUUUGUUUUGCCAUUGCUUUAGCUUUAUUUUUAAUGAGCAUGACAGGAUUCUCUGGCAGUGAUGACUUGUUGGCUUGUUUUGUGGCAGGUAAUGCAUUUUCAUGGGAUGAUUGGUUUAGACAAGAAACAGAAGAAGCACACUUUCAAGAUGUGAUUGAUACAUUACUCAAUUUAGCUGUAUUUGUUUAUAUUGGAGCUAUUAUUCCUUGGUCUGAAUUUGGAAAUACAGAGAUUGGAUUAAAGCCAUGGCGUCUAGUCGUGAUUGCUAUCCUUAUCUUAUUUUUUAGACGUCUUCCUAUUUUACUCAUCUUAAAACCUGUUAUGCCUGCUAUGAAGACUUAUAGAGAAGCCGUCUUUAGUGGCUGGUUUGGUCCCAUGGGUGUAGGUGCUGUCUUUUUAUCUGUCAUUGCAAAAGAAAGAAUGGAAGAAAUCUAUGAAGAUUCACAAGAGAAACCGUUAUCGAUUGAAUUAAUUGCCCCUGUAGUUUUAUUUAUCGUUCUCUCAUCUACCUUAGUCCACGGGACUACCAUCCCUCUCUUUAAACUUGGCAAUCGUAUUCGUACUCGUACUUUAUCUAUCACAAGUACAGGUAGUAAUGGUGUACAAAUAUCACGAUUACCUAAAAUUCAAUUUGGUCAACAAAUAGGUAGUGUUCGAAAAAAAGAAAACGGAAAUGGUGAACGAGUGCAAACUGAGGAAAGAGCAGAAGCGAUGGCUCAACUUAGACGUAACACAUUAGCGAAUACAAUUCAACCACAAUCACAAUCAUAUACUAUUGAUAUAGGUGAUGAUCAUGAAGAAGAUUUCUUACCUGAUGAAGAAGCUGAGGAAACUAGACAACAACCUUCGUCUGCUACAACUGAAUCACAAAGUAUACGAUUCCUUGAACCUGUAAAUCCUAGAAAUGCAGAGAGAAAUGAAACAAGUGUAUCUAGUUUUAAGAGUUGGAUACAUCGUAAUAGUAUAAAGGAAGCGACUAAUACAUCAUCCAAUGAUGAAUCAGCAGAUAAAGAAAACAUGACUGCAUCACAACAACCUCAUCUGAAUCAUCAUCCUAGUAAUAGUGGUGGUGCUACUGGUUUAAGGAAUCUAUUCCGUCGACAUCAGCAUACUACUAAAGAUGAUGAACAAGAGUCACCAUUACCGCCUACAGUCAAAGUCACAUCUCAUGAAACAGAAGGAGAAGAAUCAAAUCAAUUACCACCUAAACCUGCUUAUCAUCAAGAAGGCAAAUCACAUACGUUAGAGGUAUUAAAGUCUAUCUUUGCUCAUCAUCCUUCACAACAUGAAGAGAUAGUGAAUAUGGCUACUAAUCUCAGUAGCCGUAUUGAAGUCUGGGAUGAAUUAGAUCAUAUAGAAAUUGAAGAUAAAGAAGAUUCUUCUUCAAAUAUCGUUGUUUCUAAAAAAGACCCAGGAUGGGAGAAAAGGGUAAAAACUGUCAUUGAGGAACUUCAAGAUAAAAUUGAUAAACAACAACAACAACAACAGCAUCAUCAUCAUCAUCAUUAUCAUCAUUAA